AUGUCGACUACGAUACCUGCGAAACGUUUGGGAAAGUACCAAGUCAAUGGGCCGAUGCUGGAAAUCACGAAUACUAUGGCAGGACGCGUUCCACUAGAUCUUCCUGAUGCUCCGACCAAGUUGCGAAACGAGGUCAUGCCAACACAACGAACACUGGAAUAUGAACAAACAUUUGCCUUCGGAGCUUUGGAAAUGUCCGAUUAG